AUGGGUGAAGAUACGUUAGCUCUCACCCCGAAGGCAGUUGCCAGGUUGCAGGCCGCCACGGAGAAAGCCUCUAGACACUUCCGUUCUGAUGUUGUUACCGUACCAACACAAGCUAUGGUGCAGGUAAGAACACCUGUUUGUGGAAGGCCUCAAGGCGCCGAGCAUUAAUUCAUAAGUACAGUCAAUCAUUGAGGCAACCUUUGGCGAUGACACCUAUGACACUGAGGGUGAUCCAUCCGUGUCAGCGCUAGAGAACAAAAUAGCGGAGCUCACUGGAAAAGAAGCGGCCCUGUGGACAAUGUCCGGGACACAAGGGAACCAGAUUUGCCUGCGAGUCCAUUUGACACAACCGCCUCAUAGUGUUCUUGUCGAUGCUCGAAGCCACAUUCAGUGUAUGGAGACUGGAGGACUGGCUGUUUUCUCCCAAGCUAUCCCAUUGCAUUAAAGCCAGCAAACGGUGUAUAUCUUACUCUCGAAGAUGUGCAAAGGAAUAUGAUUCCAGAGGGCAACAGUGAGUUUUGGAAGAGAAUGCAUGACACGGUUCAGAACUAAUUGUCAUGAACAGUCCAUCACGCGGAAACACGUGUAGUGUGCCUGGAGAAUACGCUCGCCGGUACAAUCCUCCCUCUCGAAGAAGCUAAGAAAAUAUCCGAAUUCGUCCGGUCAUAUUCUGUUCCCGCAGGAACAAACCCGGUGGUUAUGCAUCCUGACGGCGCUCGCAUCUUUGAUGCCGCGGCCGCGGAAGGCGGGUCGCUCAAAGAGUGCACAGCAUGCUUUGACAGUGUGUCAAUCUGUCUAGCCAAAGGUUUGGGAGCACCUAUGGGUAGUAUAAUUGCUGGGACUAAGGCAUUCAUCGAGCGAGCAAGAUACUUUAAGAAAAUGUUUGGCGGUGCUAUACGACAAUCCGGGAUGAUGGCUGCGGCAGCGCUGGCGGCAAUGAAAAUUACACUUCCCAAACUCAAAACCAUACAUUCGUUGACCUAUAACAUAUCCACCAAGCUGGAAGCACUGGGCUACAAGUUGGCCCUUCCAGCACAAACUAAUAUGAUUGCUUUGGACCUGGCGGCGAUGGAAAUUCCUGGCUCUACCUUUGUCGAGUACUGUGCGAAAUACAGGCUCACUACAUUUCCCAGUGGUCGAAUUGUUUUCCAUCAUCAAGUGACAAAGGAAAAUGCGGCAAAUUUAGUUUCAGCACUAUCGAAACUAAUCAAGGAUAA